AUAGUUACGGCUGCGGAGGCGGCGGCCAUCUUGGCGGCAGAGCGAUGAGCGGGUCGAAUUCGAAGGCUGCGGCCGUGGGGUCGGCCGUUGGGCCCGGGGGGCUGGUAACUGGCAAGGAAGAGAAGAAGAAGGCGGGCGGCGGCGUCCUAAACAGGCUCAAGGCGCGGCGGCAGGCGCCCCACCACGCGGUAGACGACGGCAUCGGGGCAGCGGUCACAGAGCAGGAGCUGCUGGCUCUGGACACCAUCCGGCCCGAGCACGUCCUGCGCCUCAGCCGGGUCACCGAGAAUUAUUUAUGUAAACCCGAAGACAACGUCUACAGUAUUGAUUUUACCCGCUUCAAAAUUCGAGAUUUGGAGACAGGGACAGUGCUGUUUGAGAUUGCCAAACCUUGUGUUUCAGACCAGGAGGAAGAAGAGGACGAGGAAGGGGAAGCAGGCGGGGAUGUGGACGUCAGCGCUGGCCGCUUCGUCCGCUACCAGUUCACACCAGCGUUUCUCCGCCUCCGCACCGUGGGCGCCACGGUGGAGUUCACGGUGGGAGACAAACCUGUGUCAAAUUUCCGGAUGAUUGAACGGCACUACUUUCGGGAACGCCUGCUGAAAAAUUUUGACUUUGAUUUCGGCUUCUGCAUCCCCAGCAGCAGGAACACUUGCGAGCACAUCUAUGAGUUUCCCCAACUUUCUGAGGAUGUCAUUCGUCUGAUGAUUGAAAAUCCCUAUGAGACCCGUUCUGACAGCUUUUACUUCGUCGACAACAAGCUGAUAAUGCACAACAAGGCCGACUAUGCCUAUAACGGGGGCCAGUAGCAGUGGCUGGAGCAGACGGGGAGGUGCUUUGCUAUGGCCCGAGGUCCUGGUGCACGGAGGUGGUUGAAGCUGUUGUCUGUCGACACAUAUCUGGAACCUGGCCCCAGGAAGCCGAGGCUGGGGUGGCAGUUUCCUGUGCUCCAAGAGAGGUGCCAAGCAGUGCUGUGUCUCUUUCCCCCCGUAUUUUUUCCUCCCUUUUCCCCCUGCCCCUUAGGUCGCAGAAGUAGUAAAACUUAGAAUAAGACUCCUGGAAUCCAGAUAGAAAGAAAGUUUAUUUUCCCGGCUCCUCCAGGAUGUCCUGAUGAGCCUGGGUCCCUGCAGGCACAGCUGUACCAGGGAGAGAAGGCUCUCCUGUGGGUUCGGGGCCCUCUGCGAAGCUGAGACUCCUCCUUCACCGGCAGGGCCGCCAUCAGCACACUGACCUCGGCCUGAGGAUCGUCCUGAACCUCCUGGAGAGGACCCUGAGCGGAGCGGAGGGGAGGAUGGGGCCCAGAGUUGAGGCGCGGGGGUGGGCAAAGCUGCCGAGCCUAGGGAGCCGCUUACCUGUCUGACUUCCGGGAUCUUGGCUGCUCCUCCCGGGGCACCCCCGAGGUUUCAGCCUGGCUGUGCCUUCCUGUUCUCCUUCCAGACAGAAGACGAGCUUGCUCUGCUUUUUCUAGCUCCUACCUUUUGAGUUUCUCCUGAAAUCAAACGUGUCCGUUUUCGCUCUGGGAAUUGUAGUGUCGCUCGAGGCCAGCACAGGCCUCGUUGUUUUGUUUUUUUAUUUCUAGGCUUCUUGUGGGGAGGUUUUACAAAAUGUCAGGGGUGCUCCCAGUGUAUGCGAUGUGUGGCUAGACUUCUCCGAGUACCGAUUAGGCUCCUGCGGCUCCUCUGGCCCUUGUCCCCUCUGCUUUUGUACUGAAGCUGCUCUGGAACCAUCCUGGCCGGUCCCACCUAGGUAAGGCAAAUUCUGGUCCUGUGGACUGCUAGUCGGAAUGGUCUCGGGGUUGGGAAAGGGGGAAAUGGGCUGAGGUGACCCAGCAGAGACAUGUGUUCUCCAAAACGUGUCUCUUUGCACUUCCCUCAGGCCCUCAUUGGGCGGACUGUCCCCGCCUCAGCUCCCUACCGCUGUCUAUGUGGGCGGAUGUAGGUGCUCAGGCCAACUGCUGCCCUUCUGAUGAGAUUGUCGCCGUGGCCAGGGCUCAGCAUUCAUAGGAAGGUCGCAGUAGGAAGCACCCAGGCACAUCGUGCCUCUGACAGGAGCGCCGUCUCCCGUGUUGGGGAGAAAGGCCGGGCGGGGCCAGGAGAGGCGGACCUGGCUUUUGCUGCAGCCCAUGGGCAGGCAUUGGGGAGGAGGCCGGUGUUCUGGCGUGAAGAGCGCUGCGCCCUGUUCCCAGGAACUUGCCUUAGUCUCGCUGGAGACCACCAUGAGGCCGAGCGCCCGCUCUGUGCUCGGCGGGAUAGGGACUGGUCCCCUUCUGCACUUGAAGGUCUGGUGUCUGUACCUGGGACUCCAGAUUCUUGUGUCCAGCUACUCAGGAAACCUUGAGAAGCAUCUGGGGUGUUAACUAGGAUAAGUCUGAAAUUAACCCUUCUGUAUCCGAGCUGGGGAGAGAAUUGGAAAUUAUACUUUCUCUGAAAGUAGCUGAACUCAUCAGAAGCUGAGUCAGGAGGCCGUGGCGUUGAGAAGUCUGGACUGUGGGCAGCAGUUACCUACCUGUGGGCACUGGGGUGGCAGGACAGAAACUGCCUGCCCAGGGCGACACACCCUCCCUCUGUUCAGAGCUGGCACCAGUGAGGCAGCUCCUGGAGGGAACACGUCCCAGCAGACCGGCUCGCCCCGCUGUGGCCAGAGGGCCUGCCGCCUGCACCCCACCUUCUGUCUCGCUCCUGUCCUUCUGCCCUGGAGGCUCCUGGGAGAGCACCUUUCUUUUCCUGUGGCGCCUUUGGGCUGAGAUACCCUUUUAGCUUCUGCAGAGAAGACCAUGGUUUAUUUUAUUCUAUGUUUUAAGAGUAAACAGGAAAUAAGUAAAAGUAGUUCUGGGAUAAAGUAGGUCAUCCUCUCCUCACAUGUCAGCUUAUAGCUGUCUUGCAGGGAAUGCAAGUUUUCAGGGCUUUGCAGGACUUCCUGAAGGCACUCACAGUCUGGGCCACCUGAUUCUCAAAUACAGGCAGUGAUUUGGGGGUCUUGGAGCUCUCCUUAGACUGGAGAGUCGUGACGUGGCAAUAGCUGGGGGGGAUCUUCAACUUGUUUUUUAGUCGAAGUGGGACUCACAUCUGGAAUGGCCUUCACAGGCGGCGUCCGGCACACCCGUUGGGUGUCUUGCCACCCUUGGUACUCUUGGUUUAGUACUCCCAGUACACUCUUACUUUUUUGCUGUAAAGUCACUGUCUUCCUGGUGGCCGUUGUCACUACGACAUCAGUGAGGUCGGGGAAUGGGGGCCAUUCUCAGAAUUACGGCACAGACUCUGUCUGUGGGUGAGGACCCCUGAUGCAGAGGGUGCCGCUCUACCCGGUGAAGGAACCUAAGCGUCAAUCAUGUUUCUCACAUUCCAUGUCACCGAACGUCUUAGGCACAAGAAGGAGGUGGAUUUACCCCUUGUUGUAUACAGAGGAUCACGUAAAGUCGUUGAACUUGUGAAAGUCUAUUUUUUCCCCCCGUAAAUCUAUUUUUCACAGAAUAUAAGAAACAUCAAUGACCAAAUCUGUCCUUCCCCCCUUUCCCCUUCACCUAAGAUCCUCAUUCCAGUUUGUAUUGUCUUUGUGUCCAAAGUAAACUAGGUGACUUAUUUGUAUAAAAUGUUAUUUUGCCACAAGAGACAGUAAUAAAAGAAAGAUUUUCACAGUA